AUGCAGAAUGCUAUCCUGUUAGCGUGUCUGUCGGCAUGUGGAGGCCUGGCAGAAGGUUUUGAUGCAAAAGCUAUCUAUGAGAUUUGCCUCAAAAACCGAAAAUGCCUAUGUCAUCCUCAUUAUGUUCUCGCGGUUCAAUAUAUAGCUGGAGAGAUGAGGUCAGCUGGAAAGCAGCUCCAGCUUCUUCACGAUCCACAGGCUUACAAAAGGACAGCGUAUGUUGGACCAAAUGACAUACCGCCUCAUGUUGUACAAUUCGUGAAUGAUUUUAUGAGCGCCACGAACAUUCAUGGGACUGCUACAGCAAAGGAUAUUCGUCAUUUUAUCACUGCUGGUAUACGGCGUUAUCAUAGCACUUCUUUUUGGCCACUUGAAAGAGCUGGUGGCAGUCAAAAACAGCACGCUUCGUUGAAUCGAUCACGACCACCAGAUAAUCUUCAGCCUACUGUGAAACCAGUGAAGAUUGCUCCACAUUUUCGAAGCGACCAGCAGUUCACAGAGCUCACGAGCUCCGUCGGUAACAUCACCUCUCUUAUGAACUCUAGAGCUGGACCUAGAUUGGCUGUGGCUAGCAUGCCCUCAGGUUCUACGAACAGAUGUCCUCUGGUCACGCCUCUGUUCUUAAUUUCUUCUGCUGUUUCUACUGCUGAGGUCACGCCAACAGUGACGCCAACAGUGACCAGCACGCACCCACCUGCUCAAGCAGAGAUGCCUACGAUGCGUCCUGUGGUAGAGCCCGAAAAGAAACAAUUAGGAUGCGUUGUAUGUGGUGAUACGUAUGCCGAAGAGGGAGUCAGGACUUCGUCUACGUCAGAAGUGCACAAUGCGAUUCUUCUUGCGAGCUUGUUGGCAUAUGGAUCUUAUAUGAGAACGGAUUUGAAAACUAUUUAUGACAGUUGUAACGAGGGCAGAUGGACCUUGUGUAAUCGCCAUUAUGUUGACGCGGCACAAUAUAUAAUCACGAUGAUGGAAUCGGCUGGGAAGCCGCUUUCUUAUUGUGAAGGCACCCGAGCUUCUCGGAGUAGGGCACAUGUGACCGUGUAUAGCAUACCGUCUCAGAUCGUGAAAGAAGUGAACGGCUUGAUGAUCACCAUGGGUGUUGACGCUAAUGCGACCGAAAGGGACGUUGCCAAUUUUAUGAAUGGGUUUUUUCGACGAUAUAACUGUAGUGGGUUGCGGCCAAAACGCCCUGCCACCGACAACAGCAGCCAGCCUACAAAUAAUGAAGAGGGCACCUCAUCGAAUCGACCUCUUCCGCCGGAUAAGGCUCCUUCGCCCCCAGAGGAAAACCCUGUGGAUAACCCAGCCUGUUCCUCCAACGAUAUCGCUCCGAGGAACGAUAUGGUGAUUGAAAUAGAGCCAAACAGCACCUAUAUGUUCCUGAGCUCCCAUGACGAAAUCAACUAUUAUAUGGAGUCCGUCGGUGAGACCGAG